GAAAAGAUAUUAGCAUCAUCUUUGUGUCGUUUGAAAUUUGCGCCUUUAUAAAUGUCAAUGUAGGUGACAGCACCGUCGGUUGCAGCAGUCUCUAUUUAUUUAUUUUUUGAAUUUUUCGCUUCCUAAUUAAGAUCGACAUAAAUUCUCGUUUGAAGUAUAGUUGUUCGAUAAAUUAAUUAUUAAAUAUUUAGUAUAAAAAUCAUAAUUUCUAAGUGAUAAUUCAUAUUUUUAUUAGAAGUGAAUUAAAGUGUUAAUUUAAGAGAAAUUAUAAGUUAAACAGUGUAGAAGAGAGGUUAGCUACUGUAAUUACAAUCAUGGUUGACAUGUAUUCCACAAAAACAGAUGAUCAAACCAAAUUUUCUCAUAAUAUAUACAAAAAUAAUCCUUUACUUUUUAAAAGUUAUAUAGGAAAAGAAGCCAAAAUUACUGCUGACGAUGGAAGCUUAUAUACUGGUAUUGUAUAUACCGUAGAUCCAGUUUCAGAAAGUGUAGUACUUUUAGAAACUAAAGAAGACAAUCAUCAAAAUUUAAAACUAGUAUUUGGACAUGCAAUAAAGAAUAUUGAAUUAACUACACAAGCGGAAACAUCUUUACCAGAGUUAUUCCAAUUGCCAAACAAUCAGCUAUCAUUAUCGGAUAUUAAGAAAAGAAAAAAUAUUGUUAAAGAUUAUUUAUUAAAAUCUAGAUUUCCAGUUGUAGAUAUCGAUGAUAUUUUAUGUAUCGAAGACAGUGUUUCCAUAAAACCACCAUAUGAUGCAGAGCAUUGUGUAUCCACUAACGUUAUUAUAUUAAAUAGAAUACAAGAUAUUAUUCGCAAUAUUAAAGAAUAAAAUAUUAUUUACGUGU